AGUGACGUUUUUGGCUUCCGGUUCCCCCUCUGAGUGCAAGGCAGGUCUGCUGAGGCAAUGGCAAAGCUAAUUUUGCAGUUAUUCAAAUUAACUGUUUUGUGCUUCGCUGUCGACGCCGUGUUUGAAGAUCAAGUUGGAAAAUUUGACUGGAGGCAGCAAUAUAUUGGCAAGGUCCGUUUUGCCCAUUUUGAUGCACAAACGCAGUCUUCCAAGAAGGUGAUCCUGGCAACUGAGAAUAAUGUCUUUGCUGCAGUGAAUACCAGGACGGGAGAACUUCUGUGGCGACAUGUUGAUAAGACUGGGCCAAAUGGACACAUUAAUGCUCUUCUGCAUCAUGGACAAGAUGCGGUGCUGGUGGUGGGUAAUGGCCGCAUUCUGCGCUCCUGGGAUAUAAAUGUCGGUGGUUUGAACUGGGAGAUUGUGCUGGACUCUGGCAGUUUCCAGGCUGCACGUUUGGUUGGCCAGCACGACACAGUGAAGCAGGUGGCUGUUUUGAAAAAAACAGCCUUGUCUCUCCAUUAUCUUUUUAAUGGUCAUCAAAAAUGGAUUGAAAAUCUUCCAGAAAGUGAGACUGUGGAUUACCAGUUUGUGUAUUCUGGAGGAAAUGGGGAAGUGUAUGUCCUGGGAGUCCUGCCUCAUUCCCACAUUUCUAUUGUCACCUACAGUGUGGAGGAUGGAGAGAUAAUCAAGCAGAUUUCAGUUGAAGCUCCAUGGCUGUCCGACAUUGAGGCCAGCUGUGCUAUAGUUGGGCAGGGAAUAUUAACAUGUGUGGAUGCUGCCUCAGCAUCGCUCUACACAGUUGAUAUACAUGCUCAGUCGCAGAUGACCCAAAUUCCUUUGCAGUCACUAGGACUUGAUGUUGCACCCAACUUUCGUCCAAUUUUGGUGUCCACCCAGCCUAAUCCGGCCCGGCCUCCUCUCUCAGAGUUCUUCCUUCAGCUCAGUCCUGAUCAUUACCUGCUUCUCCAGCUCAGCAAUGGUCAGAUAGUGACUCUGAGGGACCUCAAGCCUGCAAUGUUGGCUUCAUUUGCCACCACUGGAGACAAGACUGUUGCUGCCGUUAUGUCACCCAAGAAUAAAACAGCCUGCAGUCUUAACCUCUUCAGUGCAGAAACCGGACGCAGACUUCUUGACACAACCUUGAUUUAUAAUAUGGAUCCUAAUGGUGGGAAAGCAGAGAAGCUGUAUGUGCAGUCCUUCCUGAAGAAAGACGACUCUGUUGGCUACAGGGUGAUGGUGCAGACUGAGGACCACACACUGAGCUUCAUACAGCAGCCAGCACGUGUCAUGUGGACCAGGGAGGAGUCGCUUUCAGACGUGGUUUCUAUGGAAAUGGUGGAUCUGCCCCUCACGGGAACGCAGGCAGAACUGGAGGGGGAGUUUGGCAAAAAGGCCGACGGCCUGAUGUCCAUGGUGCUGAAGCGCCUCUCCUCCCAGCUCAUCCUGCUUCAGGCCUGGAUCUCUCACCUCUGGAAGCUGUUCUACGACGCUCGCAAACCUCACAGCCAAGUUAAAAACGAAGUGACCAUUGAGACGCUGUCCAGGGACGAAUUUAACUUGCAGAAAAUGAUGGUCAUGGUCACUGCGUCUGGCAAGCUCUUUGGCAUUGACAGCAAGACUGGCACUAUUUUGUGGAGGCACUACCUUGACAACAUCCCAUCCAAUGCAGCCUUCAAACUAAUGGUGCAACGGACCACUGCCCACUUCCCCCACCCUCCUCAGUGCACGCUCCUCAUCAAAGACAAGGAAACAGGCUUGACCACACUCCACGUAUUUAACCCCAUCUUUGGGAAGAAGAGCCAUGUCACCCCGCCUGCACUGCCUAGACCAAUACUUCAGUCGCUCUUGCUUCCUCUCAUGGACCAAGAUUAUGCUAAGGUCUUACUUCUUGUUGACGACCAUUAUAAGGUGACUGCCUUCCCCUCUACAAAGAACGUCCUGCAGCAGCUCCAAGAAGUGGCUUCAUCCAUAUUCUUUUACCUAGUGGACUCUAGCCAAGGCAGACUUUGUGGAUACAGACUGCGAACGGAUUUGUCCACUGAGCUGAUCUGGGAGGUGGUCAUCCCCACAGAGAUGCAGAAAAUUGUCUCGGUCAAAGGGAAAAGACCAAAUGAGCAUGUGCACUCCCAGGGCCGAGUAAUGGGUGAUCGCAGUGUCCUCUAUAAGUACCUGAACCCCAACCUCCUGGCAGUAGUGACUGAGAGCACAGACUUGCACCAAGAGCGAAGCUUUAUUGGAAUCCUGCUGAUCGAUGGCGUGACGGGGCGGAUUAUCCACGAAGCUGUUCAGAGAAAGACCAGAGGACCGGUUCAUGUUGUGCACUCUGAAAACUGGGUGGUGUAUGAAUAUUGGAGCACCAAGUCUCGCAGGAAUGAGUUCUCUGUGAUUGAACUGUACGAGGGCAUGGAGUUGUACAACAGCAGCGUGUUCAGCUCUCUGGAUCGACCUCACGCCCCUCAGGUGCUCCAGCAGUCUUACAUUUUCCCUUCAGGCAUCUCCGCCAUGGAGGCCACGCUGACCGAGAAGGGCAUCACCAGCCGCCAUCUGCUGAUCGGCUUGCCUUCAGGAGGGAUUUUGUCACUGCCCAAAAUGUUCCUCGACCCCCGGAGACCUGAAAUCAUAUCUGAGCAGAGCAGGGAGGAAAACCUGAUCCCUUACGCUCCGGAGUUGCUCAUUCGCACUGAAUGGUUCGUCAACUACAAUCAAACCGUUUCAAGGGUGCGAGGAAUUUACACUGCCCCCUCUGGACUGGAGUCCACAUGUCUGGUGGUGGCAUACGGUCUGGACAUCUACCAGACGCGCGUUUACCCCUCGAAACAAUUUGACGUUCUGAAAGACGACUACGACUACAUGCUGAUCAGCAGCGUCCUCUUCGCGCUCUUCUUCGCCACGAUGAUCAGCAAGCGCCUGGCGGAGGUCAAACUGCUGAACAGGGCGUGGCGCUAAAGCGGCCGGCCCGGCGUCUUCACGGCCUGGAGGCUGCACGUUGGACCCCGGGAGGCAGAGAGGUCAAAGGAAGAAGAAGAAGAAGAAGAAAAAG